AGCGAGCGAGCUCAGUUGCCCAUCGCCGCGACGACGACACGGUUGCGCUCCGACAAAGACCUCGCGAGUGAGCUUCUUCAACAUUCAACGACGCUCACGUUUGUCACUGAGAAAGAGAGACACACACACACACACACACACACAUACACACAUAUAUAUAUAUACAGACGCAUACAUAUAUAUGUAUAUAUAUAUCAUUUGUCUUUUUUUAUUUCUUAUAUAUCAAGAACGAGGACAUUAAUCAGUGCAAAUCAUCAGAAAAAUCUUUGUCUCUGGAUAGUAUUAAAUCAGAUCCGUCUGUCUCUCUCUUUCUCUCUCUCUCUAUCUCUCUCUAUCUCUCUCUUUCUCUCUCUCUCUCUCUCUCUCUCUCUCUUUCUUCAUCAAUUUCUCAGUUUGAAAAUUGUCAACUUUAUUUUAUUCUCCAUUGGAUGAAAAAUUGGUUGGGAAAAGUAAGUUGAUCUAUUUGUGGAAAUAAUUGUCUAUUAUUCUAUCUGUCUCUCAUCUUCCUAGUGACUUUUUUAUUUAUAUAAUAUCUUCGACGAGAAAUGGUUUUAUAAAGUGUGAGAUUAAUACGUGAGAAAGUAUAAUCGAGGUAAAAGAGGUGAAGUUCUUUUUUUUUUUUUUCUUUUUUUAUAGAGAGAGGCGUAGACCUCCUACUCUCUCGCGUUGCCGUCGCUUACUGAAAGUUUGCCCGCCGGCAGACUAAUUUCUUUCUUUCUCCGUCAAUCCCCAUUUCAUACAUUUAUUCAUCUCUGUGACAAGAAUACAACGAAUAUUAGUCGAAGAUAUAAUCAUAUUUAUCUAGCUUCGAAAGAGGCUAGAUUUUCCCUAGGGAUAUUCUACCUAGGGAGUUAUUCCAUUAUGGAGAUCUAUGAGAACACUUAAACAAGAAUCUAAGUAUAAUAUUGUGAAUCUCAACGAAGAAUCAACGAAAGUUAGCCUAGAGACUUAAUUUAGAAUCGAAUAAUCAUCAUUUAGGGGAAGUUAAGAAAGAAGAAAGUUUAUUUGAACGUGAAUGUAACGGAGCGUCGGACGUCGAAUGGACGUGAGUUAGGGGCCUAUCGUGAAGCAAUCGUGUUAAAAAUUAAGUUUAUCUAAAAAUCGAAAGGAAUAAAACGAGACAAAUCUAUAUACAUAUAUAUAAACAAAAAGUUCCUAAGUCAUAAAGAAAUAAUAAUAAUAAGAAGAAGAAAAAGAAGAAGGAAAAAGAGAGAAAAAGGAAGAAGAAGAAGAAGAAGAAGAAGAAGAAGAGGAAGAAGAAGAAGAAGAAGAAGAAGAAGAAGAAGAAGAUAGUCAUCUUACAAGAUGACAUUUUGAAAAUUCUAAAAGGAAAAGAAAUUUGGGCGAAGGACAGCAAGAUGCCGCAACGCUCGCCGUUCGCGAUUCAGGAGUUAUUGGGUCUCAAUGGUACCGGAAAUGCAAGUGGUACCGAUCGAGGCUCGCCUCAAGGAUCGCCACCCGCCGGCGUAUCGGCGGUUUCUUAUGCGCCAACUGCACCUCAUCACAAACUCUGGGAUUACAUGCCUAGCUUGACGAAUCAUCUUGGUAAUCUUGGGAAUCUUGGAAAUCUUGGAAAUUUGACGGCCUCGCGUAUGGCCUACCUGAAUGCUCAGGCUGCCGUCGCGGCUGCUUUUCUACCACCACCUCAUCCACAUCCUGCGCAUCACGUACCUCAUCAUCAGGUACAUCAACCAGGUCAACUUCCUGCCUCACCUGCUGGUGUCAAUGUUCAUCCAGCGGCACACGCGCAACAUGUACUUCCUGGGACUGCUGUUACUGCUAAUCAUCAUCAACAUAGUCCGACUCAGCAUACACCACCUCAUGGAUUCUCUCAGACGAAAGGGACCUUCUCGAAUGCAAGUCCAGGUGUUGGACAUAACAUUGAAUCCGGCAAGGACUUCACAGUCGAUGGUCUCUCUGGUUUUAGUAAAAAGAAGAAGAAGAAACGUCGUCAUAGGACGAUCUUCACGUCUCAGCAGCUGGAGGAGCUGGAGGCAGCGUUCAAAGAAGCCCAUUAUCCCGACGUCUAUGCUCGCGAGAUGCUCAGCCUGAGGACGGAUCUGCCCGAAGACAGGAUACAGGUAUGGUUUCAAAAUCGAAGAGCUAAAUGGCGCAAAACUGAAAAAUGCUGGGGUAGAAGUACCAUAAUGGCGGAGUAUGGUCUAUACGGUGCGAUGGUUCGACAUUCUUUGCCACUACCAGAGACUAUUUUGAAGAGUGCUAAGGAAAACGAGUCAGUAGCUCCAUGGUUGCUUGCGCAAUCGUCUAAGACAAGCGGCUUUAGUCAAGAUUUCGAAAAUAAUCAAGAACUGAUUGACUGUGGGCCCGUAGGGAUGCAUCGAAAGUCGAUCGAAGCGGCGGAACAUCUCAAGUCUGGUGGCGAGGACAGUGGAAACGACCAUAACGGGAGCGGAAGUAGCCCUCAUCAUAAUCAUCACCAGGGUGGACCUACCAGUUCUGAGAGCGGACAAGAGAGCCAAGACGGUAUGGGACCGUCUUCGUCGACAGGAGUCGUACAGGACACAGAGCAACUGAGGAACGAGAGCAUCGCCUGCUUGAGGGCGAAAGCUCAGCAACAUCAGUUGCAACUUAGCUUGCAACCAACGGCAGCUCCAACAGGCAGCUCUUAUCAGACGGGACCGCAAUCGAGCACGCUCCAUGCCUCGGUUUAAUCCUUCUCGUCGACUUUUCAUCUCGAUCUCGAAAUGAACAACACCAAUGAUGAUUUCGUCUGGACGAUUCACUUAAUCUCGAUCGAGGAGGGACAGAAAAAAAAAUAAAAAAAUAUAAGAGAGCUCCUCAUAUUUUAUAAGAACGUAAACAAAAGAAAACGAAAUACAUACAUUACGUUCGAGGAUGUAGAUCGAGAUCAUUAUAGAUAGAUCAUCCCCUUAAAAUAUCUUCUUAAUAAAGGAGAUAUUAAUGAGACGGAUAAAUAAAACGAUGAAUACAAUGAAUUGAUAUUUUCAGCUGCUGACUCGUAAGGACGAUCAGGGUAAACAAAAUGACAUAAAAAAGCAAAGAAAAAUACAAGGAACAGGUUAAUACGUACAAGAAAAAAUGACUUUACAAGAGCAACGAAUAAAUCGAGCAAAUACAUAUUUCGAUAUUCAACAUGAUGAAAUAUGAGCUUUGUAUUUAAACCCAUCAACGAAAAUUAAUAAAGAAAAAAAAAAUAAGGAAAAAAAAAAUCGAUGGUCUCUAUAUAUAUAUAUAUAUAUAUAUAUAUAUAUAUAUAUAUAUAUAUAUAUAUAUAUAUAUAUAUAUAUAUAUGCAACGAAGAAGAAAAGAGAGAAUAAAACCUCAUCAACGAAAAUCUGUGGCCUAUCGAUGGGCCAUCUUAAAUCAAUACUUACAAAACGAAAUCGAUACGAAGAAAAAAAAAACCUAAUUAAGAAAUAAUAGUCGCUUUUAAAUAGUGUGAGUGAAAUAAAACGAAAGAGAGGAAGAGAGAGAGAAAGAGAAAGAGAAAAAAGAAAAAGAGAGAGAAAGAGAGAGAGAGAGAGAGGAAGGAGUUAAUCGGUAAAAGAAAAGAAAAGAACAAAUAAACAAAUGAAUAAAUAAACCAAUACACGAGAAACAAAGACUUUUCGCCUUUUAACAAAAAGAAAAAAAUAAAUAAAUAAAUAAAAAAAUAAAAAAAAAAAAAUAUAAAAAAAAAAAAUAGAAAAAGAAAAAGACACAAAAUGAUUCGCAACGAAUGUUAAAUAGGAACGACAUUAGGUACAUCGAAAUGAGUGAAUGUAUGACAUGUAUGCGAGAGUGUGAGUAAAAGUGUAUGAGAGAGAGAGAGAGAGAGAGAGAGAAAGAGAGAGACAGAUGCACGUAAGAAAAACGUUUAUUAGCGAACACUUCCUAUACCCAAGUACUUAAAGAAGACAUAACUGUUGUCAAAUGUGCAAUAUAUCGAUAUAAGUUUUAGUUCCAUAAGGUAUUAUACUUUAUUAAUGGAUACACCUACGUGCGUGGUGGUCAUGGGAGUAACGACGAUUAACGAUAUAUAUAUAUAUAUAUAUAUGUGUGUGUGUGUAAUAUAUAUAUAUAUAUGUAUACAUAUACAUAUGUAUAUAUAUAUAUAUAUAUAUAGAGAGAGAGGGACAGAGAGAGAGAGAGAGAGAGAGAGAGUCAUUUUUAAUGAUCUAAAUUUUCUUUCUAAUCGGAUCUCUUAUAAAAGAAGAAAGAAAAAAAAACCAUCAUUAUUGAACGUCAUUACCUUUCUCCUGUAUCCACUACUGUAUAUAAAUAUAUAAAUACAAAAACUAUAUAUAUAUAUACAUAUUAUAUAAAAGGUAUAUAUAUAAAUAUAAAUACACACAAAAAUAAAUAUAUGUGGUUGAGAGGCAAGACAAGUCGGACGAAGCUUUUUUUUUCGAUUUUCGAUGCUCUCGCUUGAUAAUAACUUUUCAUUCUCAAUGCCGUAAGUUCCUUGAGAUCUAUAUAAAGUUAAUCAUGAAAUAUACAAUGAUGAUCCUUAAUUUCAUUGGAUCUAUCAUUUCGUUCGUCUUUGAAGACCCAAAGGAUCGAUCAUUUAACAUCUUUCAACUUAUAUAGAUGCAUUAUUAAUACGCAUGGUAGCGUAUUAAAUUUUCAAAAUGGAACGAAAUGGCUGAGAAUCGGUUAUGAUAAGUAUGUCGAUGAACUUGUUAGUGAAAAGGCAAACGAACAAAUACAAAUACAAAUAAAAUAAAAUACGACGGCAAAUGUUCAAAUCGUAAAAGGAAACUCCGAGACACAACGCAGGUUCGAUCUAAAGCGAGAUCUUACACUGUAUCCGAAUGCCCCAACGCAUGCAUAGUAGUCGGCUAGUGUACGUAAUAAAUAAAGUUUCUGAACAAAAAAAGAAAAAAAAAAAGCGGAA